AUGCAUGUUGAAGAGUCUCUCCAGUUGCCUCGCGACUUCGAAGGAUUUGGGGAAGAAUCCCACGAUGCUGAAUGGCCGAAUGGCGCUCGAAUUGCCAUUUCUUUCGUAUUAAAUUACGAAGAAGGAGGCGAGCGCUCGGUGCUGGAGGGCGAUGGCAUGUCUGAGCCGUAUCUAUGGGAGAAGGGGUCAAGCGGUGGACACAAAGUUGGCGCCCGAUACCUAAACGCUGAGCAAGAUUUCGAAUACGGUAGCCGUGUAGGCUGCUGGCGAAUCAACAGGCUGAUGAAGGAGUUUGGAUGGAACAUGACUAUAUUUGCGGUUGCUGCUGCAAUGGGUGAGUACGACUAUGACUCGGACUGUGUGGGGCUCUGGGAUGGGCAUGAGAUUGCAGCUCACGGCCUUCGUUGGCUGGACUUCUGGGACCUCGGGCUGGAGGAAGACAAGAAGUACAUCAAAGACACAUGCAACAAGCUGAAGGAGACGACGGGAGAAUUCCCGGUGGGCGUGUACUUCGGCAGAGGUACGCCGAACACGCAUGCGCUCCUUCCGAUUGUGUUUCAGGAGAUGGGGAAGCCGUUGCUGUACUCGUCUGAGGUGUACAAUGACGACGUUCCAUACUGGGUUGAUCUGCCGUGGGAGAGCGGGCUGCCUCCAGAGAAGCGUGAGGGUCUCCUGCUGGUCCCGUACAACUACGACUGCAAUGACGGAAAGUUCCACAUGGCACCAGGCUUCAUGUCGUCAGCGGGCCAGACGUACGAGUCGUACCUCAAGAGCACGUUCGACAUGCUGUACCGCGAGGGUGGCAAGAUGAUGAACAUUCCGAUGCACAGCAGGAUUGUCGGAAAGGCGGGCAGGGCCGAGGCUCUGCGGAAAUUCAUGGAGUACAUCGGCGAAAAGGAGGGCGUGUGGGUUGCGACUAGAAGGCAGAUUGCGGAGCACUACAGGCAGACCUUUCCAUACCGGCCAGGAAGCGCGAAGGGCGGGGAGUAG